ACGAAGCGCAGCAGCAGGAGCAGCAAUGACAGUAACGUACUCCCGCAGGGUUGCUGAUGCAGGUCUGGGAACCUUCUUUCACCUGCUCCUGCGAUGGAAAGGCAGCAUUUAUAAACUUCUCUACAGAGAGCUCAUCAUCUUCACUCUGCUCUACUACUUCUUCAGUAUUGUUUAUAGGUUUGUGUUCAAUGAUGACCAGAAGAGGCUGUUUGAGAGGCUGUCCAUAUACUGUGACCGCUAUGCAGAGCUCAUCCCAGUGUCCUUUGUGCUGGGUUUCUACGUGACCUUGGUUGUGUCCCGUUGGUGGGGCCAGUUUGAGAAUGUCCCCUGGCCGGACCGCCUGGCAGCAUUAGUGGGUGGUCAUGUUCGUGGGGCUGACGAGGCGUCCAGGCUGACCCGCCGAACUCUGAUGAGAUACGCCAACCUGUCUGGUGUGCUCAUCUACCGCUCUGUCAGCACAGCCGUCUACAAGAGGUUCCCCACCAUGGAGCACCUGGUGCAGGCAGGUUUGAUGACAUCAGAAGAGCUGAGGCACCUGGAGGACUUACCCUCUCCUCAUAACAAGUUCUGGGUCCCGUGCAUGUGGUUCGUCAGUCUGGCUCUGAGAGCUCGGACUGAGGGUCGCAUCAACAAUGACGUGGCGCUCACAGCCAUUCUCACUGAGUUGAAUAGUUUACGGGCAAAGUGUAUGAAGCUGUACGGUUAUGACUGGAUCAGCCUGCCUCUUGUCUAUACUCAGGUGGUGACAGUUGCUGUCUACAGCUUUUUCCUGGCUUGUCUGAUUGGUCGUCAGUUCUUGGAUCCAGCUAAGGGUUACCCGGGUCAUGAUCUGGACUUCUACCUGCCUGUGUUCACCCUGUUGCAGUUUUUCUUCUACGUUGGUUGGCUGAAGGUGGCUGAGCAACUCAUAAACCCUUUUGGUGAAGACGAUGAUGACUUUGAGACCAAUUGGCUUGUUGAUCGCAAUUUACAGGUGUCCUUGUUGUCUGUGGAUGAGAUGUACGAUAGCCUGCCGCUGGUUGAGAGGGAUAUGUACUGGAAUGAGUCUGAGCCUCAGCCUCCCUACACUGCUGCCAGUGCCGAACACCGCAAACCCUCCUUCAUGGGCUCAGCCCUGGAUAUCAGUGUUCCUAAGGAGGAGAUGGAGUUUCAGUCCAAUCUGGAGCAGAUCAAAGAACAUGAAGAAGCCAAUUACUCCACCCCACUGCUGGGAGGGCUGGGUCGUCUUCUUGGUGUCCAGUCCCCUAACUUUCCUCGCUCCUCCCGGGUCUCUCUGCUGCGCCGCCGUCCUGGAGCUCCACUAAGUCGCUUCCCUCUUUACCUGCACCCAGAGGCUCCAUCAACUCUGGGUCAAGUUCGCCAGCCUUUGAACCAUGAGCGAGAUCCAGACUACGCCUUCUCCACCAUGCCCUUGUACGAGAGACCAGGUUUCUACAGCUGCCCACAAACACCCAUCCACUGCGUGCCCCCUGCAGUGCCCCGCCCUCGACCCGCCCGGAGAGCCCAGAAUGAAUGGGAUCGCAGCUGCAGCUCCCUCGCCCCUCCAACGGUGGGCUCACAGCUGCUGCCUCCUGACACCCCAAACCAUGUCCCCCCACCGCCAUCCUCUGCUUUCCCCUGGCUGAGUGAGGAUGGGGAGAUGCAGAGUGCCCCUACCUUCUCCUUCCCUGACCCUCUACCUGAACUCUGCCCAAUAUCUAAACUCAGACCAGGACACGGCCUGCUGUCUCGCCGGCCUCCCCCUCCUCGCCUUACUCUGGACAACCUCCCCUCAGCCGACAGCCAGCCUGGACCCCCGAGUGCUCGAGCCGCAGGAAGCGGAGGAGAAAGGGUGUUCUCGUUCACUCCUCCCUCUCGAACAGCCGCAGCAAAUCCCAGUAAUCCCAACAGCAGCUCUAGCAGCAUUAAUGCAACAAGCACCAACGGCGCUGGCACGACGGGAACUCUCUGCAACGGUACAAGUCACAGUAAUUUUAGUAACCAUGGGAACUUCAGCGCCAACAUGAGGGCAAGCAACGGGGGCACCAACGGCGGGCUGAGCAGUAACAUGAACACAGUUUCCACUUCAGCGUCAUCGCAACAAGAAACCAAUCAGCAAAACUCCCCCAAUGAUUCAGGAAUCUCACUGGCUGAGGGGGACCUGCUGGGCGUCUUGGUGGAUGGUGGGGUGAACAAGGCGGCAGGAGGCAGGGAACAAGAUUGACACACUGUUUUUAUACCACGUGUGGCAUUCAAAAUAUUUCUCACACACACACAUACACACACACAGGUACUGACCUAUCUUACAUCUGAAAGGCAUUACAUCAUCUAAAGCCAUACACACAAUUGAAAAGGAUUUGUUGCAAACACUGAGUUAAUCUCUUACUUCCUGACAAACUCUUCCAGAAGAAUUAACCUACUUGUAAUGCAAAAAGCACCUUAUGAGAUUUAACCGUCAACAUGUGAAGGAAGAAUAAUAAAUACUUUACAGUUUCUGCUGAGACUCAAAUGAAAAGAGGCCAAAAUGUGUAUAUUCUUAAACUCUAGAAGUCUUAGCAGUUUCCAUCAGUGUACUCUUAAUAAAUAUUACUUAUCACAUUAUGCUUCUUUUGUCAUUUUAACAAGAAUUUUUUCAAUAAAAAAUUUAAACCUGCAAAUAAUUUGUAUAGUACUUUAUUUUCUUAUUAUUCAAGGAUACUGUAUAAUUCACACCAACAUAUAUUCAUAAAACAUUAUAUAAAGCAUCUGCAGAGAGAGGCAAUCUGUCCAACAACGAAAUAGCUGAGGAAACAUUUGUAUGGCUUUCACCUGCUUAUCUACAUCAGUGUGCCCAGAUAACAUUAGAAUUGAUUUAAAGAAAUUACUGUACGGUCGCCUUACUGAGUCGCCACCUGCAGUUAACCCACAAAACAUGAGCAAUUCACCUCAUACAACUGGCGCAUUUAAAGGAGCCACUCUAUUUCAUGGGUACACUCACUGACAGGCAGUUUGACAUGAAUACGAUGUGCAUAUACUAUAUAUGGAGGGUUAAGUGUGCCAUCUUAAAGUGGCAUUUUCAAAGAUUUUCAUUUAAAUAAGUGUCUUUUAAGUCACUGUCGCAGAAUGAGGUAACACAAUGGCGACUGACCCUAUGAUCCAAUGAUGACAUUAUAUACUGUAGAAGUCCUUGCAUUUUAGUUUUAUGAACUGGGAGUCUGGUAUGACUCGCAAAAUCACAAGGAACACGAGUCACUAACACAGAGUUAGUGAUACAAGUAGAUGUCACCAAACAUAAGAAAGAGACCAAUACUUUAAUUUCUAACCUCUGUAAUUCAUAACCUCAGUCAAUUAUCAAUUUGGUGAUUUGUUUUGAAUGUAUCAGUAAAAAAAAAAAAAACAACAAAGAGGGACAUCGAACAUGAAUUUAAAUGAAACUUACAAAAGAACGUACAAAUUAGUUAAAUUAUAAAUAAAUGGGCCAAUAAAUUCAUUAUAUUAUAUUAUUAAUCAUAUUGUUUUUAAAUUAUGGACUAUUCUAUUUACUAAUGUGUCAUCCAAAUUACUUGUUUUUGCUUUGCUCUUUAGUUUAAUUUCAUUCUGUUUAAAGACAUGCAACCACUGUACCAGGACUUAAAAUUAGGGAUCCAAAACACAGAGCAGCAGCUGUCUGUAACAGGAAUGAUAUAUGUUGUACAUAAAGUGAUUCUACAGCAAUGCUUCCCAAUGUUCGUAAAAACAGAGGCAUGGCCUUUGUGUGGACAGGAAUUGUUAACAGUUAAACCAAAGAGCAAUUGUUCUUUCUAGGGCCAUUUCAAGAGAGGUAAAAGUAUCUAGCAUUCACAACAAAAAAAAAAAAAAAAGAUAAAAAG